AAGCGUUGCUUCACUUUUUUCCUCCGGGGUCAGUAACCUGUGAAGAGAAGAACAAGGAGGAUUCAUUGAAAAACACGGAUUUACCGACAGCGGGGCUUUAGCGGAGUUAGUCGGGGGGGUAAACUUUUUUUUUCUUUUAAAUAAUUUUUUUAAAAACCUUUUUUGUUUUUUUAUUAAACCGGACUUCCAAAGCACAAUUUAGUUUUACUUCAAAAGAGAAAAACGACAACAAAAUUGCACCUGUUGUUAAGGAGAGUACAGGACCCUGGUUGUUGCUAAAAGGGGACUGCCAAAAGUUCAGACCACCUGCCCAGUGUAGUUGCUGAGAGAGGAGAGGAAGGGGGAACUACCUCAUCAUUGUCUGCUGCUGCCUUCUGCUUCCUCCUGAAUUCAGAUGUACGCUGAGAAAGUUGUGACAGAGGGGAAGAUGGGGAACAGAGGCAUCUCUCUGACCUGUGUGUUGACCCCCUGGAGGUUGAUGGGCGUCUGUGCAACACUCAUGACCAUCGGAGCCAUCAGCGCUGCAGUCUGGGCCGUAGUUACGUUCUGCACUAUGGAGGAGGACACAGGACUGUAUGAUGUUCAGGUAAAUUCACCUGACCAGCGUCUCAGAGUGUUUGACUCUGCUCAGAGGAGGUGGCGCCAGGUGUGUUCCUCGUCAGCCAAUGAGCUUCUUGCUAGCAUCAGUUGUGAGGAAGUUGGAUUUGUCAGCGUGGUGAACUACUCGGUCGUAUCGGUGCCUGAAGCCAGUGGUGACGUUGGAGAGUUCUUCUGUGUCAGACAGGAAGAGCUGAGCUAUGGGAAGAAAAUGAAAGACUCAUUGUACCCAUGUGCCUGUGAGAGCCGGGAAGUUCUUACAGUGUUAUGCCAAGACUGUGGCAGGCGUAGUUUUGCGGCGGACCGUAUAGUCGGGGGUGUGGAUGCCAGGCAGGGCAGCUGGCCGUGGCAGGUCAGCUUACAGUACGACGGCAUUCACCAGUGUGGAGGAUCCAUCAUCUCGAAUCGCUGGGUUGUUUCUGCGGCUCACUGCUUCCCAGAGCGGAAUCGUUUUAUUAAUCGAUGGCGCGUGCUGCUGGGCUCCAUCUACAACAAACCUGUCAAUGCUAACGUGGUCGAGGUGAAGACCAUCGUUUACCACAGUAGCUACCUGCCCUUUGUAGAUGCCAAUGUUGAUGACAACAGCAGAGACAUCGCCGUGUUGGCCCUCGCACAGCCACUUACUUUCAGUGAGCACAUCCAGCCUGUCUGUCUGCCAGCGUACGGACAACGACUGGUAGACGGACAGAUGGGAACCGUGACAGGAUGGGGAAACGUUGGAUACUACGGUCACCUGGCAGACGUUCUCCAGGAAGCAAACGUCCCCAUCAUCAGUGAUGCUGUGUGUAACGCUCCUGAUUACUACGACAACCAGAUCACCACCAGCAUGUUCUGUGCUGGCUAUGAGAAAGGAGGCAUCGAUGCCUGCCAGGGGGACAGCGGAGGUCCUUUUGUGGCUGCUGACGAUCUGUCUAAGAGCAGCCGCUAUCGCCUGCUCGGAGUGGUGAGUUGGGGAACAGGCUGCGCCAUGGCUAAAAAACCAGGCGUCUACACCAGAGUUUCCAGGUUUCUGCCGUGGAUAUCCACAGCCAUGAGGAACUAUCACAACUCGCCAGGUGUUCAUAAAUUGGCUCGACCAUGAGACCCCUGCAUCCACCUUUCUAUUUUUGGAUGACAAUACGGACAUUUUACGUCGCUGAUACUGUGACCCCGUGACCGGGAAGUGAAAAACUGUGACCUUCCCCUUUUAUCAUGGCUUCAGACAUUUAUUCUGAAGGAAACAUUCCUCACUUCCUGAGCCGUAUGCUUCACUGAAGGUCUUCUGAUAGGAACCUAGUUUAACCAGUUGUUAUAAAGACACAAAUAGUGUUACUAAACUGAAUUCUACUUUUGAGAAACCUGUUGAGUUUAUUUUUCUCUCAUAUCUGUGAAGUAGACUUUGGACUUGAAGUAUGGAUAACUGGACAUAUGAACUUCCAUGAAAGUCAAUCAAUCAGAGCUAUUCUGGAAGAAAACUUGAUUUUUUUUUAAAAAAGAGAGAUUUUAUCAACUCUUUAUAUGAAUCUCUGUCUUCAGUGCUGGACACACCACUCACAGUGCACAUUGUAGAAAUGCUAAGUCCACCUCAACACUACAUAUAAGCUAACAAAUCAAUGCAGACAACCAAAUGCCUAAAGAUUUAAGAAAUGCCUAAUUAUUUUAUGAUGUUGCCUUGCAAUGGAAAUGUUAGUUUUCUUUCACGCAUGUAAUACGCACCUGCUCUUUUAUCUUUUAUAAUAUUUCCACAUAACAUUCAGUAUGUGCCUUACACUUUAAAUCCACUUAAAACCCGCCAAUCAAUCAGUGUAUUGUUGUAAAUAUUAGUCAGUUUCUUUGUUCAAAUUAUUGAACUUUCUCACUUUUUGGCAUGAUAUACAUACAAACGUCAAAGUAUUUCAAUGGAGCCUUAUGUGACUGACAUAACAGAGAAUAAUUGCAAGAUGAAAGGAAAAAGGAUGCUGACAGAUCUGUGCAAUAAUAAUUAAAUUCCCAUUUCAUAAAACCUUUCUCUAAUAAUUUUUUUUUGAAUUGUGACUGUAAUAUACUGGCAUGUGUUUGUUUGUAUGUGAACUGAUAUUCCCAGAACUGUCAUGUUAAACUUGAACCAUAAACAAAACAAAUAUUUUUAGCAAGAUAAUAUUGUUCCUCUUUGCGUUUCAUUUACCAAAUAAUGCAUUAAUAUAAUGUUUUAUACUUUUCAGAAAUAAAAAUGACAUAACCAAAUAUACAACAAACAGUGGGAUUAUCAGUGUGUGUGUGCUGAGAGCAGGUUGUAAAUAUAAAUGGUUUUUGAUCAAAAAUAAUAAAAUGUUU